AUGGCUCCCAUCAUAAACGAAAACAAGUCUCUGCAAGAUUAUUACCACACAAUUGAAUCUCGUCUUGGCUAUCAAAUUGUUCUCGGUGGUACCAGGCACUUUGGCUAUUAUGAACGCGACAAAUACAAUCCUUUCCCAAUUGGAGCCGCGCUACACAGAAUGGAGGAUUACCUCGCGAAGACUUUGAGCCUUCCUUCUGGUUCGCGAGUAUUGGAUGCAGGAUGUGGCGUAGGCCAUGUUGCUUUGCGCCUCGCAAAAGUUCACUCGCUCGAGAUCCAGGGGAUCGACGUCAUAGACCAUCACCUCGAGAAAGCUAGGCGGAACAUUGAGAAACAAGGGAUGAAGGCAAGAGUUACGGUUGGAAAAAUGGACUACCAUCACCUUGACGGAAUUGCAAGCAACUCGUUGGAAGGUGUGUAUACUAUGGAAACAUUUGUUCAUAGCACCUCUCCAGAAACAGUCGCUCGUGAAUUUUAUCGCGUGUUGAAGCCAGGUGGUCGCGUGGCACUUUUCGAAUAUGAGCAUAGUGACAUGAAGUCGGAGCCGAAAGCAAGGGUGGAUUCGUGGAGCACAAUCAACAAACAUUCUGCGAUGCCCGCGUUCGAUCGAUUCACAUAUGGAUCGAUUAGCUCAAUAUUUGCUGAUGCUGGCUUUACCAAUGUCGUGACCGAAGAUAUCACUAUAAAUGUGAAACCGAUGGUUCGGUUCUUCUUCGUGUUGGCAUAUAUCCCAUAUCUAUUGGUCUUAGCUUUCGGUCUCCAGAAACAUUUUGUAAACACUAUGGCAGGGGUAGAGGGGUGGAAAUGCCGGAAUAGUAUCAAGUAUGUAGUAGUUAGUGGGGAAAAACCGAUGGAAAAUGGUUCUGAAUUGGACAACAGCGAAAGCAGGAAGUUAAAGUGA